UCUGAUUUUUAUAAACAAAGGAUGGCUUUUAAGCUAGUAAAUGACCCGUUUUUGGAAUUGGUAUUCCUGCCCUUAACUGAAGCAGGAAGAAACGGGAAAUGCCUUAUCUUCUAACCUGUUUUGAUAGGCAAGGCUGAAGACUAAGAAGGAAGAAAACAGGCAUCUACCUUUGAUGUCAUGGCUUCCUAUUAGCACUAAGAGAAAACUGGUCCUUUCCCCUGUUCUAGCCACAUGUUGCCGUUUGAUUGCUCACCAGUCCCGUCUGCCUCUCUACAGGAAAAUGGCAGAGAAUUUUUCGUUUCAGCUUAAUGAUGCGUUGUUAUCUGGGUCUGCAAAGCCAAAUCCUCAAGGAUGGCCUGGCUUGUGGGGGAUCCCACCUCCUGGGGUAGGGGGCUACCCAGGUGCCUCGUAUCCUGGGACCUUCCAUGGGCAGGCACCCCCAGGGGCUUAUCCUGGGCAGGGGCCUCCUAGUGCCUACCCUGGCCCUACAGCACCUGGAGCUUAUCCUGUACCACCUGCACCUGGAAGCUACCCAGGGCAACCAGGCGGGCCUGGGGCCUACCCACCUCCUGUACAGCCCAGUGCUCCAGGAGCCUACCCUGCUGCCGGCCCCUAUGGCAGCCCUGCUGGACCACCGGUAACUUCUGGCAACUGGCGCAGGGAGCAGGCUCCUAUAGGCGGAAGCUUUGACCAGAGUGAAGGAGAUUCCCGUACAGCGCCACAGAGACCUGGAGAGGACUACAAGCCACAGUCUCAAGGAAGAAUGACGGACAAACGAUCUGAAUCCCCAGCAGAAGAAUCAAGCCCAGAGUGUCCACCCGAGGGGAAAAAGCAGACAGUGCCACCAUCUACGGCUGAAGCUUUGACUAAGGUUUCUCAAAGGAAGCAAUCAAAGAAGAGGUUUCGAUCCAUGAACACACGACAGGCACAACCCAUAACAUGGGGCAAGCUGAAGAGGACCUAUCAGGAAGCAGACAAGAUACUGGAUCAGACAUCUGUACCUAAAACGUCUGCAAACCUUUUUCUUGCUAUGAUCAGUGCAGUUAGCCUGGCGUCUAGAAGAAACUCCGAAGAAGACUAGACUCCGGAGACCAAUGUCUCGUAGUGAUGGCUAUUGAACUUCAUCAACUUGCUUCUAUAGAGAAAGGGGGAGAUGUUGGGAAAUAGGGCUAAGAGACAUGGAAAGUUUAAGGAGUUUUGCAGUACUUAAUGUCUUGAAGGAAUUUUGGGGUGUAUUACUUCUCAGACCAGAAGCUGCUUAGCAACAAGAGAGACAUUCCAAUCAUCAGGGACGACUGCAUGCCAGCGCCUGGAGCUCGUGCAAGGCAGAGCUUGGCAUAGGGCCCAAGGAUAAGAAACUGAUUGAAAAAUACCAGCCCAGCAGCUAACUUUCAGCCGUAACUAUUGUAAACUUCAAGGCUGUUCCUGCUUCACUCCUGACCACAUGUCUCGCUGUAGAGAAAUAGAAUAGAUUAGUAUGCAGGCUCAGUGUUCCUGCUUUAUCCAUUUUUAUCUUUAACUUGUAUGCUAAGCUAGGUCUAUUCUUAACUUUGGACUUACAAUGUUUAUCUUAGAAAAAUUUUGUAACCGUUUACUGUUGUAGACAGAAUUAGGUAAGGGUCCCUUGAAACCCUUGGGGAGCAUUGAAACCUACACAGAUGAUCUGUACACAUGAUUCUAUGACCAAGGACAAGUGUUUGCUGUAACAAUAAAUACUGAUGUAGGACCUCACUCAGUGCCUCCUGGGUCAUAGGAAUGCUGGAGGACACCUGACUUCCUGGUCACUUUCAACUGCACCUUGUGUCUCUGUUAUUUCCAAAUCUCUUGCGAUGAUCCUGCCUGGAACCUGUCUUACUGGGAACGUUGUGGUCUCCCAGCAGCUGGCGCAGUGAGCAGAGUUCUUAAAGGCAGAAGGCUUUAUCAGGUGAAGGAGAUUCCCGGACAGUGCUGCAGAGACCAGGAGAAAGCUAGGAGCUGCUGUGCCCAAGAAGGGUGAGUUCAGCUCUGGGGAUUUUUCAGUCAGGCUAACAUCAGUCUAAAUUCAUUGACUACAUUGAAUUGUUGCAGACUCUGUUACAGAGUUCUGGGGUGGUUGCCAAGCAGAAAACUUUUGAGGAACUAUUUCAUUUAAUUUCCAUACACUCAUUGGUUUCCUAUCUGGGUACGCUCAGACUGUGGCAAUGGAGGCUGGCAAGCAGAGCGCUGCGACAUUCACAAGGCAGAGGAGAAGAGGUCCCUCUUUCUUGUGGCAACUCUCUCCUUAAUUACUCAGGCUCUGCAACCGUUUCAAUCAAACUCAGACUGGCUCACUCCCAUCCUAAAAUAAAGGCAGCGACAAAUUGAGCCUGGCUAUCAUAGGGAAGAGGAGGUGCUAUCUACGGUCUUCUGUAUGAAUCAGGCAAGGAUGAGAAAAAGCCAUUAAAUUCGGUUAUUGGCCCUCAAUAUGGGUCUAUAGAACAAAUAAAAGAACAGAAAAAUUC